CCAAAAAUAAUGAAGUUUGACAAGAUGCAGAAGGCAACUUUGGAGGCACUAUCCGUGGUGCUGAUCCUCUUUUGGGGACAUCCUCAAGAUUCACUUGCAUGCCCUCACCCAUGUGCAUGCUAUGUUCCUACUGAAGUUCACUGCACAUUUCGAUCUUUAGCUUCAGUGCCAGCAAGGAUUUCUAAACAUGUGGAAAGAAUCAAUCUGGGAUUUAAUAGCAUACAGUCCAUAUCAGAAAACUCAUUUGCAGGCCUUACCAAACUGGAGCUGCUCAUGAUUCAUGGCAAUGACAUCCCAAGCAUACCUAAUGGAGCGUUAAAGGAUUUAAUCUCACUUCAGGUCUUCAAGUUCAGUUACAAUAAGUUGAGAGUCAUAACAGCACAAACCCUUCAGGGGCUUUCAAGUUUAAUGAGACUACACAUUGAUCACAAUAAGAUUGAAUUCAUCCAUCCACAAGCCUUUAAUGGUUUAACUUCCUUGAGGUUACUCCAUUUAGAAGGAAACUUGCUUCAUCAGCUUCAUCCUAGCACAUUUUCCACAUUUGCCUUUCUGGAUUAUUUUAGACUCUCUACAAUAAGACACCUUUACUUAUCUGAAAAUGUCAUCAGAACUCUGCCUGUUGGAAUGCUCUCAAACAUGCCACUUCUGGAAAAUCUUUACCUCCAUGGAAAUCCAUGGUCUUGUGACUGUGGAUUAAAAUGGCUCCUUGAAUGGAAUGCUGGAUCUAAAGGGAUUUUGAAAUGUAAAAAGGACAAAGCAUAUGAAGGCGGACAGCUGUGUUCCAUGUGUUCCAGCCCCAAGCAGCUGAACAAGCAGGAGAUUCACAAUUUGAAAGACAUUCUUUGCAUGAAGCCUAUCAUACAAUCUCCUCUUAAACAGAACUUCAGUAGCAGCAGCAAUGAGGAGGAGGGUGAAGAUGAAGAGGAAGAGGAGGACAGCGCACUCUCUCUGGAAGAGAUUCAAUUUUCUCCCUGGAACAUCACUUUAAAUAUGACUGAUGAGCAUGGAAAUACAGUGGACUUAGCUUGUGAAAUCAAGAAGCCAACAGAUGUUUCAAAAAUUCAACUAAACCAAAGUGAUCCACAGGAAAUUGAUAUUAAUGCUACCAUUGCCUUGGAAUUACAAUGCCCAAUGAAUCGAGAAAAUUAUGAGAAGUUAUGGAAAUUGAUAGCUUAUUAUAGUGAGGUUCCAGUAACAUUACAACGGGAAGUCAUGCUUAGCAAAGACCCCAAAGUCAGUUACCAAUAUAGACAAGACACAAAUGAUGAUGCCCUCUACUAUACAGGGGUGAAAGCCCAAAUUCUUGCUGAGCCAUCAUGGGUGAUGCAACCAAUUAUAGAUAUUCAGCUUAAUCGACGCCAAAGUACUGCCAAAAAAGUACUACUAUCAUUAUAUACCCAGUUUUCACAAAUAAUCCCAAUCAAAGACCUGAGGCAGCAGAAGAGCAAAACCUGGGUAAUGAUUGAGCAAGGUGAAAAAGUGAAAACAGCUCAAACUGUGGUUGAAGGGUCCAUCUGCCAAUUGAGCUGCAAUGUGAAAGCCUCAGAAAGUCCAGUUCUCCUAUGGGUGCUUCCUGAUGGCUCCAUGUUGAAAGCUCCAUUUGCUCAUGAAGAAAGCAGAUUUUCUGUCCUAAGCAGUGGUCAGCUCAUCAUAAAAUCUGUAGGUCGUUCUGACUCUGGUUUGUACCAAUGCAUUGCUCAAGUGAGGGAUGAAAUGGACAGAAUGGUAUAUAGAGUUUCUGUCCAACUUCCUAUCAUCCAGACAACCAAAAGACACAUGGUAACAAUUGAAAAAAAUCCUGAGGAACCAAUCAUGUUGCCCUGUAAUGCCUUAGCAAUACCUGAUGCUGAGCUUAGCUGGCUCCUACCAAAUAAACAGAUAUUGAAUGGAUUGUCUAACUCAACACAUGCCUAUAUGUUAGAAAAUGGAACUUUAUUCAUCCCUAGUGGGCAAAACAGUGAUAGUGGCUACUACAAAUGUAUAGCUAUCAAUCAACAAGGAGUGGACCAUUUUAUUGUUAAGGUGACAGUAAAUAAGAAAGGAGCGAACAAGUCAUCAAAAAGAGCCCAACUAAGAAAACGCCCAAAUUCUAAGACUGCUUCCAAAAUAAGAGACAAUGUGAUAGAGGAUGAAGGGGGUUCAGGUAUAGAAGAAUCUGAUUAUUCUACCAGGCAAAUGCUUACUCCAAAAGACCAAGAAGUAUCUAGUAAGCCAAGGAAUGAUGCUCUCUCUAGGACACAGAACAAAAAAAAUAAAAAGGGCAGGAGGAAAAUGAAGCAUUGGAAAGAUUUAGAAAGAGCCCCGGAAAGUAAUAUUGCAGAAGGCCGGAGAGUGUUUGAAUCACGGAGAAGAAUUAACAUGGCAAACAAACAGAUUAAUCCACAACAUUGGGCAGACAUUUUGGCCAAAGUACGUGGAAAAAAUCUUCCCAAAAGUACAGCAGUGCCUCAUACUGAUUCUGUCAUUAAAACCACAGUGGCUCCACCUGUGAGACAAAAGGCUACACUUCCUUCUCCUAUUAGCAGCCCUCCCUUAAAACAUGUUGUGCAGACACCUAAUACAGAAGAAUCCUCAGCAUCUGAAUCUCUCUUCAGUGAAGAUGAACUAGUUUCAGUCACAAUUUCUUCAGCAAGUACUGAUGAAAGUGAUUCCAAAAUAUUUCUUACAGAAUCAAAAAUAACUCAUACACAUUUGGAAGAACCAAUAACUUAUGGGACUCUGGGAACUCCCAAACCUCCAUAUGUUGCAGAAACUCCCUCUAUAAGGACUGAAUCCAUAAUAACAACCUCUUUACCUUCUAAGUCAACUUAUUCUACACCAUCUCUGAAUAUUUUCUCUGAGGACCCAAUCAAUGAGAAAACAACAGAAAAUUGGUCUACAGUAGAUGAUAGUGAUUUCACAGCAGGUUCUAUAACAAAUCAGGGUGAGCUGCCAUUGGACACCAUUAUCUCGGCACAAUCUGAAACUGUGACAUACCUUUACCCAGACUUGAAAACAGAUUCACAGCUCAACAAAGGACAUAGUGAAGAUGCCCCAUCCAUUCAGUUCAUUCCAGGUCACUCAGCUGGAGUCAAUGAUGUUGAUAUCCCAAAGAUUGGCUCAAAUAGUUUAGAUCCUCCAGCUUUGCCAUUUGAAGACCUACUUUCUGGGGACCAUAAUAUCCCAACAAGUCAACAUCCACAGGUAAAAAACAAGAAAACUCAAAGAAUUGGCAAUGGAGCAGAUACUCAUGAUAGUUCCUCAAUUCAUCAGGAUAUUGAUGAAGAAUUUGAGACAACUCAAGAAGAAGAAAAACUGGAAAAAAUGCCUAUGAGCAACAGAAUUUCUGAGAGGACUCGACAAGAGGCUAUAUCUACCACAGUAUCUGAAUUCCCAAGUAACAUAGUAAGUACUGUUGUUCCCCUUCUGGAGCCAAAGCAGAUUAUUACUACUGCUGAUGAAAACCUUUACACAACAGCAACUAUUACAACUGCCUAUACAAAGAACACUCUCUCUGUCUCAGCAAUAACACAGCAUCCCAGAAGGAGGCCUAAUGGGAGAAAAAGAUUAAGACUUCACAAACUUCAUCGGAAAAAGCCAAUUCUCCCAACUACUUUUGCUCCAGCAGAGACAUCAUUUAGUCCAAGAAUUCUUGUAACUGAACCAAAGAUUGCAAACAAAGUAGAUAUUUUGGUUGUUUCUCCUCCUUGGGCUGAAAACAAAACUACUCCUCCAAUACAGUUAGAAAAGAAGAAAUAUGUAGAGACAGUUACAAAGGGAAUAUCACGUAGAAAAUUUCCAAAGAGACCAAAAUUAAAUCAGUUCACAACAACCACAGUAGCUUCUUUUGAUACUGAAAAAGAAAUAACCAUUGAUCCCACAAAUAAACUCAUUAUACCUAUGACAGCCACUAUCCAAACUGUAGGUCUUUUUGCUACUGCUUCUUUGACCACUGAGGCCUCACAUAAGCAGAGACCAAAAGAAUAUACUACUACAGCUCCUUCUGCUACAGAAAUACAUUUAUCCUACCAUCCAGUACUAGAAACAACUUCACACACAUAUAAGAAUUUGUUUGAUGUAGAUUCAAAAAAUGUAGAAAUUAAAAGUGAUCAUGGGGUCACAGAUAGUGAUAUCUAUUUAACCAGAAGUGUAUUCCCCAGUGAAUUAUUCCCUAGUAGUGUGUUACCUUCUGAUUCAGUUCCCUCAGAGGUCACAAAAUUUCAAAAAGAAUCCAUUGAUUUGGAGUCUUUAGGUACAUCAAGUUGGGUACCUAAAAGGAUAUUUCAAACCACACAUUCCCCAGUAGUAUAUCCAAAUGUUCCUAAAACUAGCUCUCAGGAUGCUAGUAAAGAUUCACCAGUUUUCAAAGAAUCACAAAGAUUAGAUUUAUUCCCCAAAUCUACGACACUAACUGAAGCCCCUGAUCAAUCUCGACAGGAAGAAAAAUAUACCUCCUCUGUUCCCUCAAGUAGAAAAAAAGACUAUUCUUCAAGUCAUGAAGAAAUUACUGCCCAAGAAAGUUCUAUUGGACAAGAUCUUAGGAAGACUGCAUCAACUGUUACACAUUCUAUAAUAAAAUUAGACAAUAAAGUUUUCACACCUAAACCAUCUAAGGACACGACAUUCAUAAUUUCACCAUCUUCAUCUCCAAUGGAACAGAUGUCAUCUCCAGUUGCUUUGGUACCAUUUAUAGAAUCUACAACAUUGCCAUCAUUACUCUUUUCAAGCACUUCUAAUAUAUCCACCCAAUUAUUGAUGGAGUCCAAAGAAAAUAUCAUAUUUAAUCAUGUAGGGGUCCCAGAAAGCAAAACAUCUGAAAUAGAUGAUCAGAAAACAAAGUUAAGUUUCAGUUCCAAUGAAUUCCCCACACCCAGUUUUAACCAAAAUAGAAUUAAUUUACUUUCCAAACAUGAAAUACAGGGCAGCAGUUCCAACAAUCAUUUGUUUCAAGGUUCAGAUCACCUGUCUCAUCCAGGGAGGAUGCCUGCCUUCCACCAGCAACCAGCCAAUGUUCCUGAAAAGUAUGAAUUGCCAAGAGUGACUGUAAGGCCACCACAUGUAACAAAACAAGGCUCAUCUCAACAUUUUAUAACUUUGCAAUCACCUCUUCAUUUUACUAACAAACCAGAGAUAACAUCAUACCCUUCACAAAAUAGUCCAGAAAAAAGACUCCCUGGAAUGACAACAAUAGCAACAACCACAAUGACCAUUCCAUUGCCAAAGCCAAAUCCACUCAUACCUAGUACAUCCAGUCAUUCAGGAACCAACCAAUUUAAUGCCAACACCAAAGUGUUUGGAAAUAAUUACAUUCCUGAACAAAAAAGCUCAGCUACAAACAUGCCCAAUCCCAGAAUCCCCUACACUGCAAAUGGAAGAUUACCUUUUCUGUUUAAUAGGACUCCUACAUUCACACAAGUAGGAGUCACACCUAAGCUGCCGGCAACUGUUCUGCCUGUUUCAUUGAGUACGAGAAAGAAACAAAUAACACCAGACCUGCACAGCCAGAUUACAACACAAGGUACCAUCCACAAUGUCCUAGGUAUUCCUGGAGCACCUUCAAUAUUCCACAGUACUAGUACUAGAUCACCAUCUUUGAUUAAUUUAAAAAAUACUCCGGUGUUUCCUACUCGGAGGACCAUUCCUCAUACAGCAUCUACCAUUCAUUCCUACAGAAAUGUCCAUCAUAGUAAUUCUAAAAUUACAUUCAGUGGAGGACCUCCUGCUCCUAGUUUCUGGGCACUUGGAGAGAAGCCCCAUAUCAUUACCAAGUCCCCUCACACCUUAUCCAUCAUUGCUGAAACAGAUGUUAUCCUUCCGUGUGAUACAAUUGGAGAGCCCAAGCCUUUUGUUACUUGGACAAAGGUUUCUACAGGAGCCCUUAUGACACCUAACACAAAGACACAACGGUUUGAAGUCUUAAAAAAUGGUACAUUCAUUAUUAGGAAUGUCCAGCUCCAAGAUCGUGGUCAAUACAUGUGCACUGCAAAGAACCUUCAUGGUGUAGACAAAAUGAUUGUCACAUUAUCAGUAACAGCUCAGCAGCCCCAAAUAUUAGCUUCCCACUAUCAGGAUGUCACAGUUUACCUUGGAGACACAAUUGCAAUGGAAUGCCUGGCCAAAGGAACACCACCCCCACAAAUUUCUUGGAUUUUUCCAGAUAGAAAAGUAUGGAGGAGUGUUUCAACUGCUGAGUCCAGAAUUAUGCUUCAUGAGAACCGUACCCUAACUAUUAAGGAGGCUACUUUUUCAGACAGAGGAGUUUACAAAUGCAUAGCAAGCAAUGCUGCUGGAGCAGAUAGCCUGGCUAUCCGUCUACAUGUAGUAGCUCUACCUCCCAUUAUUCAUCAAGAGAGGCAGGAAAAUAUCUCACUUCCUCCUGGGCUCAGCAUUCAUAUUCAUUGCACUGCCAAAGCAGCUCCUCUCCCUAGUAUUCGCUGGGUGAUCUUUGAUGGCACUCAAAUCCGUCCUUCCCAAUUUAUCAAUGGGAAUUUGUUUGUCUUCCCAAAUGGGACACUUUACAUCCGUAACAUCUCUCCCAAAGACAGUGGAAACUACGAAUGUGUGGCAGCUAACAUGGUUGGGGCAGCCAGGAGAACAGUUCAGCUCAACGUGCAAAAGACUUCUGCCAAUGCCAAGAUAACUGGGAGCUCCCCUCAUAAGACAGAUAUUACUUAUGGUGGCACUCUGCGCCUAAACUGUAGUGCUUCAGGGGAUCCAUGGCCAAGGAUUCUCUGGAGACUGCCUUCAAAGAGAAUGAUUGAUUCACUUUUCAGCUUUGACACCAGAAUCAAAGUAUUUGGAAAUGGUACUUUGGUUGUGCAUUCUGUCACAGAAAAAGAUGCAGGGGACUAUCUGUGUGUUGCUCGGAACAAGAUCGGUGAUGAUUAUGUUGUUCUGAAGGUGAAUGUUAUGAUGAAACCUGCUAAGAUAGAACAUAAAAAGGAGAAUGACCACAAAGUCAUCUAUGGUGGGGACCUCAAGGUUGACUGUGUUGCUACAGGCUUUCCCAACCCUGAGAUUUCCUGGAGUCUUCCUGAUGGUAGUCUGGUCAAUACCUUCAUGCAGUCAGAUGAUAGUGGUGGACGGACAAAGAGAUAUGUUGUUUUUAAUAAUGGAACACUCUACUUCAAUGAAGUGGGAAUGAGAGAGGAAGGAGACUAUACCUGCUUUGCUGAAAACCAGAUUGGGAAAGAUGAAAUGAAAAUUCAUGUCAAAGUGGUCACUGAACCUGCAGCAAUCCACAACAAAACCUACUCCAUUGUCCAUGUGCCAUAUGGGGAUGUUGUUACAGUGGCCUGUGAAGCUAAAGGAGAACCUACUCCAAAGAUAACAUGGCUUUCUCCAACCAACAGAUUAAUUCCAAUUUCUUCUGAUAAGUACCAAGUAUUUAGGGAUGGCACCCUUCUUAUUCAAAAAGCACAGCGAUCUGAUAGUGGGAACUAUACAUGUGUGGUGAGGAACAGUGCUGGAGAGGACAGAAAAAUUGUCUGGAUCCAUGUUAAUGUCCAAUCUCCCACAAUCAAUGGCCACCCCAAUGCUAUAACAACUGUCAGAGAAAUAGCUGCAAGAGAGAGCCGAAAGCUCAUUGACUGCAAAGCAGAAGGCAUCCCAGCACCACGGGUUUUGUGGGCUUUUCCAGAGGGUGUGAUCCUUCCAGCUCCCUAUUAUGGAAACCGCAUCACUGUCCAUCGCAAUGGCACAUUGGAUAUUAAAAGCCUAAGAAAGACAGAUUCAGUGCAGCUGGUGUGUAUUGGACGCAAUGAAGGUGGAGAAGCAAAGCUGAUUGUACAGCUCACAGUGAUGGAUCCUUUGGAGAAACCUGUUUUCCGGAACCCAGUCAGUGAAAAGAUUACUGCUAUGGCAGGUCACACUAUCAACCUCAAUUGUUCAGCUGAGGGAAGCCCUGAACCUAGUAUUGUUUGGAUUCUUCCAAAUGAGACAGAACUACAGAGUGGGAAACAUUUACAGAGAUUUUACCAUAAAAAGGAUGGAAUGUUGCAUAUCAGCAGUCUCUCUGCUGCAGAUGCUGGAGCUUAUCGUUGUGUGGCUAGGAACAAAGCUGGCUAUACUGAAAGAUUGGUGUCUUUGAAAGUUGGAUUGAAACCAGAAAUUAGUAAUCAAUACCCAAACCUGGUGAGCAUCAUCAAUGGUGAGACCUUGCAACUUCACUGCAUUGCUCAAGGAAGUCAGAAAGCCCAGGUGUCUUGGACACUACCUAGUGGUAUGGUUUUAGAGGGUCCCCAAGUAGUUGGACGCUUUUCUCUGUUAGAGAAUGGCUCACUAACUGUGCAUGAAGCAUCUGUGUUUGACAGAGGAACUUAUCUGUGUAAGGUUGAAACAGAGUACGGCUCAUCUGUUAUGAAUGUUCCUGUCAUUGUUAUAGCAUACCCUCCCCGAAUCACCAGCGAGCCAACACCUGUCAUUUACACUCGACCAGGAAACACAGUGAAAAUGAACUGCAUGGCUAUUGGGAUUCCCAAAGCUGAAAUAACGUGGGAGCUACCAGACAAAUCACAUCUGAUAGCAGGGGCUCAGUCCCGUCUCUAUGGGAAUAAAUUCCUUCAUCCUCAGGGCUCAUUAAUCAUCCAACACUCCACACAGAGAGAUGCAGGCUUUUACAAGUGCACUGCAAAAAACAUCUUAGGCAGUGACUCUAAAACAACUUACGUUCAUGUAUUCUAACACAACUUUCUACAUUGAUGAACUCCCAACAAUGAAAAAAAUAAGUACAGCAAGUAAAAUAUCAUUUUAAAAAGAAGUGAGGGUUGAUAAAGGGAGUUAACAGAACAUUAUCAUGAUGGAUCGAUGCACACCCUGUUGAUUUUAUAAGAUGACUUAGAUCCUUUCCCUUCUUGCCAACGGAAACAAUGUAGACACUUUAAUGGGAUUCCAGCACCUUUGGGGGAUUUCCUUUCGGGUUUACAGAAUAUAUGUGGUUUCAUGUGAUAUUUCAUGGUACCCAAGAUGUCAGCUACAUGUUAUUUUUUAAAGCAAACAACCCCCAGUGGCUUGACAAGCACCUUAAGGAUACCAAAGAAGUAUUAACUAUAAAUAAACUGCAGUGAUUGAAAACCAAAAAGUGCUUUGUGACCACAUUGAGGAUACAUCAUUUAUUUGCCUCCUUGCACAUAAUCAAUUCUAUCAAAUGAAUACUCUCCUAUUUGGUUUUUUCUCUACCAUUUCUUCAAAAUCAGAUGACUGAUCAUGGAUUUAGAAAAUGAAUGAGCUACUUCUAAUAAAAACAUUUCAAACAUUAACCCUACAAAUUAUGUAUGAAAGGAUCACUUGAACCAAUUUAUAGGGAUGGAAUUCAAUCAUUUAUUUUUAUGUGGUGUUGUUUUAUUUUUUAACCUAGACUAUGAGACUAAAAAGACAUAUGAUGAUCUCUUGUCUCAUUUUUAUAAAUUAUUGGUCUUUACAAGACUCAGAUAUAUAGCUGCAGAUGUGGAAACUGAUUUUCAGGUCCUGUCCAAUUUCCUUCAAUUUAACUACCUGAUAAUAUUUUUGCUACUCAUCUCUCUCUUUACCUGGAAAAGUAUGGUGUUGGAUAUUUCACAGAUAGGAGGGAUCUUUUGAGUCAGGAGGAGAUGGGAAUAGAUUGAGGUAGAGAAAAGGAAAACAAGCUCUGACACUGUGGAUUAUGUAGACUAGAGCCACCCAAAAAGCUUCUGACUCUUCUCUGUGGUGUCAAAGGUAUGCAUACCAGGACCUCUUUGCAAUCCACCCCCCAGGUCACUAAAUCAAUUAUCCAGAAUCUAAUCUUGUCCUGGAUAGUGGGUUGAUAGUUACUUCCAUGACUGCUUUAAUGUGUUGAUAUGGUCAAUGUACUGUACAUUUUAUAAUAAAGAAAAAUUUUCCAGAUAAA